AUGGAAUUUUGUCCAACUUGUGGGAUGUUAUUCAGAGAAUUGCCACAUAUGGACCGCCCUGCCAGAUUCUUCUGUCCAACAUGCCCGUAUGUAUGUCACAUAGAUAGUAAGGUUAAAAUAAAAAGAAAGCAUCGGUUAGUUAAGAAAGAACUAGAUCCUAUCAUUUCCAAAGACGACGAGCUUGACAAUUUACCAGAAACUGAAGCUCCGUGUCCUAACUGUGGUUAUCUUAAGGCAGCCUUUGGUCAACAACAGACCAGAUCUGCUGAUGAGCCGAUGACAACCUAUUACACAUGCAAGAAAUGUAGACACAAUUGGAAAGAAGACUAACAUUGCUAUUCAAGCAAAAUCUUUUGGCUUACUGCUGGUUUUCCAUGAAGUUACUCUUUUUAGGGGAAGCAUUACUCGUUGACUGGGUUGUAUUUCUAUCAAUUCAGCAUUAAGCAUCUUGGUGUUUUUGCAGAGGCUCCGUGCCUAUGACUGUUUGUUGUGUGCUACCUGGAAUGAUCUAUACUUGCCUCUUCGUUUCUCAUAGUUCUGUUAAGCUAACUGAAAACCAAGAGCUAACCUUCUUUAAUUAGUCAUAAUUUUCACCAUCCUGAUA